AUGAAAGAUUGUUCACCUGGUAUUGCACCCAUUGUCAAAGGAGACAAGUUCAGUCUUAAUCAAUGUCCACAAAAUGACUUGGAGCGAGAACAAAUGAGGAAUAUACCUUAUGCUUCAGCUAUUCGCAGUCUAAUGUACGCACAAGUGUGUACAAGACGUAAUAUAGGAUUUGCAUUUAGAAUGUUCGGUAGAUACCAAAGUAAUCCAAGCUUGGAGCAUUGGAAGACUGCUAAGAAAGUCAUGAGAUAUUUACGAGGAACCAAGGAAUAUAGGCUAACAUACAAACACUCCGACUUUUUGGAAGCAAUUGGUUAUUCAGAAUUAGACUUCGUUGGUUGUGUAGACAUAAGAAUGUCUACUUCAGGAUACAUUUAUCUCUUUGCUGGAAGAGCUGUGGCUUGGAGGAGCGCCAAGCAAACUUCAGUUGCUUCGUCUACCAUGGAAGCAGAAUACAUCGCUGUUUUUGAAGCUUCUGCUCAUGCGAAUUGGUUGAGGAAUUUUAUCAAAUAUUUAAAGAUCGUCGCUAGUAUUGCAAGGCCUUUGAAGAUUUACUCUGAUAAUAUGGCUAUAGUUUAUUUUGCAAAGAACAAUAAAAAUGGAAGCCACAAGAAGCAUAUCGACAUCAAGUAUUUGGUUGUCAGAAGACAUGUUAGAAAUGGUGAAAUUUCUAUUGAACAUAUAAGCACUCAACAAAUGAUAGCAUACCCCAUAACUAAAGGUUUGCUGGCAAAUUUGUAUAAGAGUCAUGUGGAGAAUCAUUGA